CCGACCGUAAGCGCGGCGUCGCGCGUUGCUUGCUUGCUCGUCUGUUUGUUUGUUCAUUUGUUUGCUUCGCGCAAGAUCUCUUGCAACGGUGAAAUCUAGCUAUCCCUCGUAAACGACACCGUCGGAUUUUACCUGGCGAGAUCGCGCUCGUAGAGAGAGAGGUGGAAGGAAAGUUCCGACUCGGAAGAGAUCGCACGGCAUGUUACGUUAAUUACGAUCAAUUAAUGAUCGCUUUCAUCGAUCGAUUUCUUCGUUCCAAGUGACGCUAAUUGGGAAUCGGCGGUUUUCUACUGUCAAUUCGAGUGUUUUGGCGCCGGUGCGCGGUGUGACACGCUUUUCUCUUAUGUUCCCGGCGGAAAAAUUGCGAUCUCGACGGCGGGAGAUCGCGCGGAAACGCCGGAGUUCUUUCAGCUCGCGCUCGCUUGCCGCAAAUUUCUUGCUGGCCGGAGGAAGGCCCCGUUUUGCAGAUCGGUCUUCUAAAGCGGACAGAACAUGUCGGACGUCGAGGGCGACGACGAGUUCCAAGAUGCGCAGGAGUCUUUACCGCAGCUCACCUCCAUGGACUUGGACACGGCGAUAAUGGAGGCGAAGCAGGCGAUACACUACUUCUUCAACAACGACUUCGACGAGGCUAGGAAGAUCCUGGAACCGUGGGCAGACAGCAGCAUGUACCACUCCCUGGGGCACAGCGUGUUCAUGUAUUUCGAGGCGAUUCUUACGUUCGAAGAUCUGUAUCUGGAGAGGGCGGUGGAGGCGCUGAAGCAGUGCAUGAGCGUGUGCUCCAAACACCGCAAGCACACCAGCAUCACGCAGAACCUCGGUAAAAUGGUCAAGCGAAUCAACUACGACACUUACACGAUCGAGGAGGUGCAUGCGGAGCUCUGUUAUGCCGAGUCUCUUCUCUUAAAAUCGAUGCUCACGUUUGUGGAGGACGAAACGCUGGUCAGCUUUGUCAAAGCAGGACUGAAAAUUCGCACCUGCUAUUUGUCGUACAAGGAGUGCCUGACGAUCCUGAACAGUCGCAAAUGGGAGAACGAAGUUCUCAAGAUGCACUUCGAGAGCGGCGUUCGUAUGGGCAUCGGUUUGUUCAAUUUGAUAAUAUCAUUGUUACCGGCGCGAAUCAUCAAGCUGCUGGAAUUUAUCGGAUUCUCCGGCGAUAAGGAGUACGGCCUAGCGGAACUGAAGGCGGGCUACAGCGAAAGGAGGGGCCUCCGAUACAUCCUGUGCGUGAUGACCCUGCUGGCGUACAAUCUGAUUCUCUCCUUCGUGCUGAGCCACGUGGACGGCGACCUGGAUUGGUGCGAGCGGGUGUUGGACGAGGAGCUGAGGCUCUAUCCGAACGGCGUCUGGUUCCUGUUCUUCAAGGGCAGGCUGGAGCUGACACGCGGCAACAUCGAGAACUGCGUGGACUGGUACACGAAAGCGUGGCAGAUGCAAGACAUAUGGCCGCAGUUUCACCACCUGUGCUACUGGGAGCUGAUGUGGGCGCACUGCUCGAUGCAGCAGUGGGACAAGGCGGUCGUCUACGUGACCAAGCUCACGGAACACUCCAACUGGUCGCCCACCAUGUACAUGUAUCAGAAAGCGGCGAUCCUCAUCAUGCAGAAGCCGUCGUCCUGGAGCGAGGAGGGCCAGCUGAUAGACAGCCUGAUGAUGCAGGCGCCCGACUUCAAGCAACGCAUCGCCGGCAAGUCCCUGCCGAUGGAGAAGUUCGUGGUGAAGAAGACGGAGCGUUACUUCGCGCAGAAGAAAAAGCUGGUACUGCCCGUGUUCGAGCUGCUCUACGUGUGGAAUUUCCUACGGAUAAUCGGCAAACGGCCGGACCUGAUGAUGAACAUAUUCAAGGUAGUGGAGGAGGAGGAGAGGGCAUUCCACACGUCGGUCUUACUUUCGACAAACGACACAUUUGCGCCGUGUUCCCGCAGGAAAGAUGAGUUCUACUCGGACAACUUGGCGCUCCUAUUGCUACUUAAAGGCGCUUGUUUGCGACAAUUGAAACAUCCUCUACAGGCGGAAGAGUGUCUGCGCGGUGUCUUGCAGCUGGAGAAGUCAGUCAAAGAAGACACGUAUUUAUUCCCUUACGCCACCGUGGAAUUAGCGUUGUUGGCUCAAGACCAAGGCAACAUUCAAUUGGCUAUAAGCUUGUUGGAACAUGCCAAGAAGAAUUACACGGGCUACUUGUUGGAGUCUAGAUUGCAUUUCAGAAUACACGCGCAUCUGAUGAUGCUGACGAAGAAGACGAACGGUGCGAACGCGACGAAGCAAAGUCAAGCGGACAUUACUGCCAAUAAGAGCGUCAUCGUCGAGGGUCCAAGCGCCAAUGAUUCCAUCGAAAUUAAAUCCUAGACGCUAGACACGCCCUCGUACUGUAAAAUAGGUUCCGAACGAACAUGUAAAGAUAUUUAUUUAUCCAGGUAGUUUGUUUUGUACCUCUUUAGGCUGCAUCUAUAUCGUCCGUAUGACAAGACUUUGUCGCGCGACUCCCGCGACGACCGAGAUCGUUUUGAUAGCUGCGUUUUGAUAGCGACCUGGCGGUUCUCUUUUCGAAAGGCCUCGCACGCGACUUCCCUCUGCUAAAAUUCCACGGUUUCGCUAAAAAAAAAAAAAAGGUAGGCUCUUACGGUGUCAUCAUCGGAGCCUCCACAAUGAUCGGACGGACUUUGUAGCGUUCGAUAUGAAAGUGUAAAUUAUUCUCCUCCUCGAGAAGAGACGAACGAGACAGCGCACGUGUCUCGGCGUCAUCCUUCGCGAGGACAACCGCGGUUAUUUCGUACAUACAUAAUACAUAUAUAUAGUAUAAAUUAUAUCCCUCCACGAAAUGACGGAAGAUCACGGUAUAUUUCACGGGACUUUGUGCGAGGAUAUAUAACGUGCAAGGUAUUUUAUAUAGGUAUAUUAAUAUAUUGUAUACAUAUUCUCGAUACAUAAAUUAUUCCCCUUUGCGAGGAAACCGACGAAAUUUUGAGCGAGUGAACCGUGACCCGUUCAAUAUCAAUUGGUGAAAGAUUGUUAUCAAUAUUGACGUUUUACGAGACUGUAUAUACGCUAACGUGACUAUGGAUGUGUAAAUGGAUGAAUAAAGUGAAUUUAAAAUAA